UAUAACCGGUCCAGCAGCAGGUUUCCGUGCAGUGUGUUUCUCCAGUACAGAACACCGAUUCCCGGAGAAGACUGUCAGUCAGCACUCAAAACACUACAGUCUCGGAUCUGAACCAGGACGCUGCACAUUCUCGUUCAUCUGUGCGUACAUUUAAUGUAAUUUCCGUAAUAAUGCUGUUUUGAUGAAAUGAAACACGGCGGCGCGUUUGUGUGUGUAGUUUUGAGACGCUCCCUCGCCGUGUCCCCGCCCCUCUCCUCCCGUAAGGCGGAAGUGUGACGUGUGUUUGAGCGGUUGGUGCGGCGUGUGUUGUGCUGCUGUCUCUGAGUCUCUCCGAUUCGGUUGUGUUCGGUUCAGUUCUCCCGGGAUGAACUGGUCGUUGUAGCGGUCGGUGAUGCUGCGGCGGGUUCGGGCGCAGCUCCGGCAGGCGGCGGAUCAGAUGGCGAAAAGACCCGAACUGUGCUGCGGCGCGAUACUGCUCACCUGCGCGCUCAUCUUACCCAUAACCCUCACCUGCAGUCGGGUGAAGAACGUUGUAGCGGCGCCUCGGUCUCCGGUGCGGUUCUUCCCGGCCGAGGCUCCGGUGGUGGAUCUGUUCCUGGGUCAGUUAGAGGAAGCGGAUCAUCUACUAGAGGAAGCGGAUGUGUCGGUGGUGUUCUAUUACGCCCCUUGGUGCGCUCACUGCAUCACUGCGCGACAGCACGUCCAGCAGGUGGCGCUGCGGCUGGCCCAGCAGGUGCAGUUUGUGGCGGUGAACUGUUGGUGGCAUCAGGGCAGGUGCAGGAAGCAGAAGAACUUCUUCCAGUAUCCAGUCAUUCAUCUGUAUUACAGGAGGAUCGGUCCGAUCGAGUACAGAGGUCCGGUCCGGUCUGAGUAUCUGGAGAGCUUCAUUCACAGAGUUUCUGCUCCACUCUCAUACCUGCCCUCCGUUGGAGCCCUGCACACCUUCCUCACACAUCACCAGCAGGCUGUGGUGGGUUAUUUCCAGUUUAACUCGUCUCCUCAACCGGCCGGUUACAUCACCUUCCUGUUGUCCGCUUUGCACGCGCUCAGACGAGAUCACCAGGGGGAGGUGCGCUUCGCUGUGGUGACCAAUCAGGCGGUGGCAGAGGGCGUGUCACUCAGGGAUGAUGAAAGUGUGUAUUUACACCGGCGUUUGAACAGCUCACUGGUUUUCCCACGGACGCAGAGGAACUUCACUGUGCAGGCCGUCUGCGAUUGGGUGUUUGAGAACAGGGAGAGCGUCAUUCGCUGGAUUCAGCCAACUAGAGCGAAGAGUUACUCACUGGAGGCGGAGCUACAGAAAGGCCCCGCCCUCCUGACCUUCCUCCCGCACAAUCCCCUCACAGCCAAUCAGCUGCUGACACAGGUGACUGAUGUGGCGCUGCAUUAUCACUCGUGUUGCGGGUCAGAGGAGGAUUCGUCGUCCGUCCCGAGCUGCUGUCAGUCUCUGCCGGUUGCGUCGGCUGAUGUGAGCGUCUGUGAGUUGUGUGUGUCUCAGUGCUGGGCUCUGGGUCUGUAUCUGCAGCAGGUUCGACUCUCCAGCGCCUCCUGCAGGAGCGUUCAGACCUCAUACGGUCCAUUCGGCCGGUUCAGCGUCUGCUGCAGGAGUGUCCCGAGUCCUCACCGCUGCCCACUGCUGCCGGACUCCAUCACGGGCCUGCAGUGCCGCACCAACAAGACGCUGCGCUUCUACCUGCUGGACGCGCAGCUCAACUGGCCGCUGGCUCAGAGACUCGGAGCGUCCGGAAACCAGAGCAGCGACCUGCCCUUCAUCACCAUCAUCAACCUCAGAGACGAGACGCACUACGUGCUCAAACACAACAACACACUGGCAGAUUUCAUCCAGAACUUCAGCGCGUCCUACAGUCCUUUACACAGACAUCUGGUGGGACACAAGCAGCAGCAGCAAACACAGUCCCUCAUACAGGAAGUGACCUCAGACAGCUUCCUGCACACCGUCAUGGACUCACAGAGGGACGUGCUGCUGUUGUAUUAUUCGGCCUGGUGUGGUUUCUGCUCGGUUCUCAAUCACGUGUUUCUUCAGCUGGCCCGUCUGUUCCAGGGAAACGGCGCCCUCACGGUGGCCAGAGUGAAUGUUGGCCGUAAUGAUCUGCCCUGGGAGUUUAUGGUGGAUCAUCUGCCGUCUGUGCUGUUCUUCCCCCGACACAGGAAGCAGAUGAGCGUGAAGUUUCCGGAAAACACGCCCAUGACGGUUCCCAACCUGCUGCGGUUCAUUCUGCAGCACACUGGCCACGCCCCCUGGGAGGAGUCCGGUCAUGGGGUGGAGCCUAAGUCCCUGCUAGAGGCGGAGCUUCGGGCGCUGCAGCGGGAGGUGUUUUCUCUGCAUCAGGCCAGAGAGCGUCUGUCUCAGCAGCUGGCCGUCCUGUGGAGGGAGAACCGGCGGCUCGCGCUGCACACGCACACGCUGGAGACCCAGAAUGCCGAGCUGCAGGAGCAGAGCGGGCGGCUGGAGACGCUGUACAGGGAGAAAACGCGUCAGCUGACCGACACCGUUCACAGACUGCAGGAGCUCGCAGACGUGUCUGAAGAACUGCUGAAGGAGAACACGCUCCUCAAAGUGUUGCUGAACGCACUGAGAGACACAGACAGAUGGGACGCAGACAGAAGGGACAAAGCUGAUGGACAGAAAGAAGCAGAUGGACUGCGUGAAAAGUGUGAGGCUUCUUUAUGACCGAUGAUUAUCAUGCAUAAUCUUACAGAAUCACACAAAACCUUUUAAGAACACGUCCAGCUCUUACUUUACCACAAAAAGGAGAAUGUGCAAAAUAUAAUGUCAAAGAAAAAAUGUAUUUGCAUUGUAAAGAAAUGCAAAUACAUUGUUUUGCAGACUCAUUAAAAUGUUGUUAUAGACAUGUUUUAGUGUAAUGCCUGAAAAACUCAGCAAUGAAACAUUCAAGUUUCAUGUUUAUUUGUCUUAUGCACAAGAUGUCAGUGACAGUUUGUUCACUGAAAUGCUAGUUGUGAGGCUCAGACAUUCUACAGCAGUAAAUACAGAAAAAAUACAAUAAAAAGCAUUUGUAAAUUAAAUGCAUUGGAGUUUAAUUAUCAUAAAAUAAUGUGACAAUGUACAUCUUAUAAUGAACUCCUAAUGAUCCUAAAAUAGGCAUCAUUUUCUCUGUGCUAAACAUGUUUCCCCCUUGUGAUUUUGGAGUGAAAUGUGAUCUGGACAUGUUCUGGCGAUUAAUUAUGACUGCCGUUACAGACAUGAGCGAUUGAUGAAUAUGUUUCUGAUUCAGAGCAGCAGCUCUUAAAAGCAUGUUUGGACUUUAUGAUGGUUUGAUCUAAGAAUAGACAUUAAAUGGUAUCUGUGAGACCCUGUUAAACAGUAAGUAGUAUUUUGUUGAAAUAAUCUGUUUUUUCAUAAUCGAGUUCUGAUACAGUAUUCAGGGAUUACUUGAUGUUCCUCAGAUUUUAAGGGUUAGAGUUAAAUUGAAGUUAAAGGUGGUAAAUGUGAUUGUCACUGACUUUUUGAAUCAUUUGGUUACGUUUUAUAUUUAUGUAAAUUAUUAUUAAGGAACUAGAAGUGCCAUUAAAAGCAUUAAAGUGAAUUAACUAUCAGUUAAUUAAUAUGAAAAUUAAAAUGACAUUUAUAUUGUACACAUUAUAUUUUGUGCACAUUUAAAAAUAUUGCCUAACAAUAAAAUGUCAAAUGUUAUUGUAUCAUGGUUAUAAGAAAAUAAAACCAGACCAAGUUUAAGUUUA